AUGCCUCCGAAGAAAUGUACCCACAAGGCCAAGAAGGCAGAGCUGGUAUUCCUUGAGAGGCCCCGAGAGGGACCCAUCCAUUGGUAUGAAACUCCGCUACCUCCGGCUGAGAACCCAACACGUGUUCCUACAAAACCCGUAGACCACAACAUCUCUGCUGCCUGGGCAUGCCCACAAUUUGAAACAACUAAGUCACUGGUGUUGAAAUCAUGCCAGAAGAAGCAUCGUGGUCCUCACAAACCCCAGGAUCAGGAUGCCAACCACAGUUUGCUUCAUGAAGGAGGAACCUGUCGAAGAACUAUACCCAGCAAAUUUCCUCCUCUAACUUUUGAGAAUCCAGAAGGAUAUGCAGCCCACCCCUUAGAUCAUCUGGACCACUCAAGGAAGAACACAGACUCUCAUGGCCAGCCCAAGAAAGAGACAACAGUAAAAGCCAGUGUGCAGGUGAAGGGUGCAGAGAACUGUAGAGAAACACGUAUGUUACCUGCUCUAUGGCCAGCGGAGACAGAGGUCUUCAGCCCUCCAGACAUCGAGAUUCCACAGGUGCCUUCCAUAAGGAACUGGAGAUGCAGCAGCACUCUGCCACAAAGAAGUAGCCCCGCCGGGCACCCAGAAAAGGAGCUGGCGUUUUGUGUUGAACCCUGUGGCAGAGAGGAGUCAGCAGCAGUACUGGUUACAGAUACUCCCGAGCAGGAGUAUGGAGUAAAGGUGACCUGGAGACAGCGGCCUCAUCUCAUGAACUACCUGCGGGAGAGAGGGAAGCUGAGUGCUGCCGACAUAAUGGUGAAGGCGAACACCAAGCUCCCGAGGAGACAGGCCAAGGUCUGA